AUGUCAAAAUAUUCCCAAAAAUCUAUUUUAAAGACAGAUCUUAGACCUGCAACUAUUGCUAUUGUAGGUGUGGGAAGUGUAGGUGCUACAACCGCCUACACGCUGCAACUCAGCGGGAUGAUUGCAGAUAUCGUCCUGAUUGAUAUUAAUAAGGACAAGGCAGAAGGCGAGUAUAUGGACUUGAACCACGCUGCACCAAUGACUACUGAAACCCAGGUGCGUGUUGGUGAGUAUUCUGAUUGUGUUGAUGCCGCAAUUGUUAUUAUUGCGGGCGGAGCCAAUCAAAAGCCAGGGCAGACCAGAAUGGAACUGGCGGCCAAAAAUGCUAAAAUUAUAGAAGAGAUUAUCCCCAAUGUAGUCAAGUACGCUCCAGAUACGAUUUUACUGAUUGCCACAAACCCUGUUGAUGUCUUAACGUACGCAAGUUACAAGCUGUCCGGUUUCCCAACUAGCAGAGUUAUUGGAUCAGGCACUCUUUUGGACUCAACUAGACUUAGAUGUAAUAUUGGAAGGUAUUAUAAUAUAUCAUCUGACAGUGUCGAUGCAUGCAUAAUUGGGGAGCACGGUGAUUCGGAGCUCGCGGUGUGGUCAAGAGCAACUAUUGCAGGGAUGAACCUUGCUGAAUUUUCUGCUGCUACUAAACAGGAAUAUGAUAAAGAAUCGCUUCAUAAAAUAUUUGAACACACUCGAGAUGCAGCCUAUAACAUUAUAAAGCGCAAAGGGUAUACAGCUUAUGGGAUUGCUGCUGCACUCACGCGUAUUGUGGAAGCUGUUUUAAGAGAUGAAGGAUCCCUGUUGACUGUUUCCAUUGUGGGCGAUUAUUAUGGAAUAAAGAAUGUGGCUUUGAGUGUUCCCACGAAAGUGGGAAGAGAUGGUGCCCAUCAUAUUAUGGACUUGACCUUGAAUGAGAAGGAGAACGAAGAAGUUAAAAACUCCGCAAAGAAAAUCAGAGCUGCUUGUGACUCUUUAGGACUCAAAUAA